UGUGUGGGGCAGUCGCCAUGUACUGGCUGCAGGUGGGUUUUUCUGGGUGCUCCAGCUUUCCUCUACCACCAAAACCUGGCACGUCCUUAAAUGACCAUAGCUGUUGAUACUGAUAGGACAUAAAUACAAACAAGGAUCUUGACAAGAUACAAGACUAUUAAUAUUACAUGUAUGUGAUGCGGAUAACAGGUAAACUGACAACAACUACAGCCUAACAGGUGAUCCUUUGUUUGGAAUGGCAGCAAGCUUAUAACAAUCUGCAAUACGUAUUUAUAUAAACUGAGUAAUUUUUCGAAGUUUGCAUAAACCUAUCAGUUCAUCAUGCGUUUUUCAACGCCUUUCUUGAUGGUGUGUAUGGCAGCAGUCGUUGCUAUCAUUGUGCUGAUGUUGCAAACGGUCAAUCAGAAAUCUUCCGGACCUCCGACCAUCAUUAUCAACGAUAACUCGAACAAAGACUUCAGCCUUCCAUUCAACCAGCAGAGACGGUAUGUGGUUGGUGCACAAGCGUUUCAACCGAGAGGAAUCGUGCAGAGUCAUAAUGAAUCGUACAAUUACAAAGAAGUUUUGACCAAGCUAAAUGCGGAUCAUGCUGCAAUGGACGAGCCACGUCUUAUUGAAAUUAUCAGAAAUCAUUUCAUCGUCCCACCAUCGAAAGAAUCUUACAAUCUUAAAAACCCUGACAAACUGGAGUAUUCCAAUGGACAGACACCUUUUAUUGACAGCCGAUUAAACUACAUGGAAGGAGGAUUCUACGUCGAAUGUGGGGCUCUAAACGGAGAACAAGGAUCUAACACUUUGUUUUUUGAGAAAGUCCGAAAAUGGAAUGGAUUACUCGUAGAAGCUGAUCCUUCAAAUCACGAAGUCAUGAUGACCAAACACCGAAAAGCCUUCACGAUGCAUGCCUGUCUCAACCCUAAGCCAUAUCCUGCUGUUAUGACAUUUAACAAGGCCUUCAACAGGGGAAGAGUAGUCCACGAUCAGGAGGCCAAGAACUGGAUCGAGAAACAAAACAUCAAGUCAGACCCAGUGCAAGUGCAAUGUCUGCCCCUGUACUCCAUUUUACUGGCACUCAACCAAACUACUGUGGACUUCUUUAGUCUGGAUGUCGAGGGUGACGAACUUAAUGUACUCAAGACCAUUCCCUUUGACAAGGUUAACAUUAAAAUGUUGACAGUAGAAUACGUUCACGACACUCGCCGAUAUUCGGACUUACAGACCUUCAUGGAGUCCAAAGGAUACGAAACACUUCUCCGAAUGCAGAGGGAUAAUGGUUCGGUGAACGAUAUUAUUUUCAGAAAGAAAAAUUUAGCUCACUAAAGUUUGAAGAUUUUAGCUUUAUUUCUUUGAUAUUACUAUGCUUGAAACACAAAGGUAUGAAAAUACUGUAAUGAUGUCAUUUAAGGUAAUAUAUGUAUCCCCUUUCUAAAAAGAGUUCCACACUAAAAAGGCCUGUUAAUCUUUUUGAAUUAUAUAUUGGACUCUGUUAAGGGUUCCUAACUGACUGGAGGCAAAACACUUGAGAAUUCUGCUGGGUUUUUUUCAUACAUGAUUGACCUCCCUUUUUAUUUUGUUUUUGUGCUAUAAUGGUGGCGUGACCAGACCAUGGUAAUACUUUUUACCAGGUUGCUCAGUUGGUAAGUGCCACAAUAUAAUGGUUGGAGAUCCAGUGUUCAAAUCCUGUUCUGGAUUCAAUGCUCUUCUUAAACUUUAGGAUUUUUUUUAUUUUUUUUCAAUUUUUAUUUCAUCUUGAUAUAUAUAUAUAUAUAUAAAAAUGUUUCGUAAGAUGUAGAUUUAUGAGUAAAGUAAUUCCAAAAUAACUUAUGAUACAUAGUAACAAGGUUUUUUUUAUCCACGGAGUGUGAUUUUCUGUCGGAACUCUGCUGGUUUGUCCGACUGUUUGAGUGGUGCUAAAGGAUUUGUCCAACUUUUUUUUAUAUUUCACCCCUACGCAACUUUAGUAGACUCUGCCAUGGCAUAGAUCUGAAUGAGUCCAUUA